CUGAUCCUGCAAGUACCAUAUGCUGCAGUGUUCGAGGGCGAUCCGUUGGUCAUGCGCUGCCGCGGCUGGUACGACAAGGUCGUCUACAAGCUUCACUACUACCACGACGGCCAGGCGGUGCGAUACUUCCACUCCAGCGCCAACUACACGGUGUUGCAGGCGCGCGCCAGCGACAGCGGCCGCUACCAGUGCUCAGGCACCAUGCGCAUCCCGGUGGAGAGCGUGCCCAUGUUCUCAGCCAAAGUGGCCGUCACCGUGCAAGAGCUGUUCCAGGCGCCGGUGCUGAGAGUGAUGGGCCCAGGGGAGACCCGCGGCGCCGGCCACCGCGGGGUGGUCCUGCGCUGCGAGACGCGCCUGCACCAGCAGAAGAGCGACACGCCGCUGCAAUUCGCUUUCUACAAGUACAGUCGCCCGGUGCGCCGCUUCGACUGGGGCGCCGAGUACACGGUCCCAGAGCCCGAGGUCGAGGAGCUCGAAUCGUACUGGUGCGAGGCGGCCACCGCCACCCGCAGCGUGCGGAAACGCAGCCCGUGGCUGCAGCUCCCGGGCCGGGGCUCUCCCCUGGAUCUGGCGUCCACCACCGCCCCGGCCCCACAGGCCGCAGCCUCGGCGCCCGGGAAUAAGCCGCUUUCCUUCAGAAAACCCCCGGUAUCCAGAUCGGUCCCAUCGGUCACCUUGGUCCCCAACGCCACCUCAGCGGGGCUGCAGUUGCCUGCAGGCAACGCCCCCACUGCUGGGCCACCCGUCUGCGCUGCGCCGACACCCUUGGAACAAUCGGCUGGAGCCCUGAAGCCCGACGUGGACCUUCUGCUCCGAGAAAUGCAGCUGCUCAAAGGCCUUCUGAGCCGGGUGGUCCUGGAAUUAAAGGACCCACAGGCCCUCCCGGAACACAGGGGAACCCCCGAGACCCCCACUUCGCACUUGGCUGUAAGCUCGGGAAACCCAGAGACCAGUGCUGUGGGGAGCUGA